UAUUCACUGAAGAUCGAGUCCUCACCCAGUCCUAUGGGCGGAAAGGAGAUUCCCCAUCCCGAAGUCAGCAGAGAUGCUCACCGGGGCAUGCAAAAGGCCGAAGCAGUCGCCUUGGUGUGGUCCAACCCUGUCGUCUACUCAAUCUACGCAGUGGAUAUGGAUCUGUUUCUUCCUCCUCGCCCUCCAGAGCUCGAUCAGCGCCAACACGAUCUACUACGCCUACGCAGACUUUGAGUCCGCACUACAGGCUUCCUGCUCUUCCUGGCGGUCUUCGUGUCCGCAUUUUGGGAGAUACCUCGCGACAAGCCAUUUUCUACGGUGGGAGCUGGUGAAGAACGCCAACGCCGUCGGGGCGUGCUGUCUGGCAGCGAUCAUCGUCUUCAACUACUACACGUGGGACACAUACUUCUACUACUACGUCGAGAUGGUGGAUGACCUGGACACGGCGUACACGGGCUACAUGACGCAGACGUACACCGUCGGCUACAGCCUCUGCUCCGUCUGAUCUCCUUCGCGAGUGGCAUCCUCAUCGUCGGCAACGAGAUGGCCAUCCGCCACUCGCGAUGCCAUCAACCUCGCCUGGGCCACGGUGCAGAAACAUGAGUGCAUUGCCUCUACUGGCAUGACAACUCUGGGUUUUCCUUUCGUUCCGGUAUGGAAGAACUCCAACGUUGACAGCAAAGAAGUGGGGGUUGUGAUGUAGCUCUAGUUGAAUGGGAGAUAAAUAAAUCCUCAAUCAGACCAGAGUCAUACUAUCUAUACUAUCUAUACUAUAUCUACUAUAUUUACUAGAUAGAGGCAAUGUUAUUGGUGCUUGGCUAUGGACAUUCUCCAACUGAGAAUAAAUGAGCAAAUUUCUAAUGCCAAGCAGCCCACAGGGGCUAUAUAGUAAUAAUGCAUCCCCAU